AUGGCUUCUAGUGCCAGGAAAGACUCCCCGGAACUCCCUGACUUCUCUAUGCUUAAGAGACUGGCAAGGGACCAGCUCAUCUACCUUCUCGAACAGCUUCCAGGAAAAAAGGACCUUUUUAUUGAAGCAGACUUGAUGAGCCCUUUGGAUCGUAUUGCCAAUGUUUCCAUUCUAAAGCAACAUGAUGUAGACAAAUUAUACAAAGUAGAAUAUAAACCCAUAAUCAGCACAUCAGAUCAGGUUUGUUUUCUGGUCCGACCAAGAAUAAAAACUGUGAAGUGGAUAUGUGAUGUGGCCAAUGCAGACAAAUCAUCCGGGAAAUUUAGAAGAUACAAAAUUAUAUUUACCCCUCAGAAGUUUUAUGCAUGUGAAACAGUGCUUGAGGAGCAGGGGGUCUUUGGAGAUGUGACAAUGGAUGAAUGGUCCUUUUACCUACUUCCUUUGGAUGAUGACAUCAUCAGUCUUGAACUCCCAGAGUUUUUUGGGGACAGCUAUGUGGCUGGAGACCUGAGAUGGGUGAGGACAGUUGGCAGCGCGCUACAUCUUCUUCACUCCAUUUACGGACCAUUUUCGAAGGUUUACGGUAUUGGAAGAUGCUCAAAGAUGGCAUAUGAAUCUUGGAGAGAACAAGCAGAAGAGGGAGACCAAAAGGCUCGGAACUCUGAAAUCGGAAAUGUUUUCUUAAUCGACAGGGAUGUGGACUUUAUCACCCCUAUGUGCUCACAAGUGGUUUAUGAAGGACUUGUGGAUGAUAUUUUUAAAAUCAAAUGUGGAUGUGCUGAAUUUGGGCCUGAUGUUUCCUCUUCAGACAAAAGCAUCAAAGUCAUGCUGAACUCUCAAGAUAAGGUCUUCAAUGAAAUCAGAAAUGAACAUUUCUCUAACGUCUUCAGCUUCCUUAGUCAGAAAGCCAGGAAUCUCCAGACUGCGUAUGAUAAGCGUCAAGGGAUGGACAUAAAGCAGAUGAAAACGUUUGUGUCAGAAGAACUUAAGGGGUUAAAACAAGAACAUCGUCUCUUGAGCCUCCACAUCAGUGCAAGUGAAUCAAUGAUGAAGAAGAAAACCAAACAGGAUUUCCAGGAGCUAUUGAAGACAGAGCAUUCUUUACUGGAAGGUUUUGAUAUCCGUGAUUGUAUAUCUUUCAUUGAGGAACAUAUCAACAUGCAGGUGUCCAUGAUAGAAAGUCUUCGACUGCUUUGUCUUCUGUCCUUAACGGAAAAUGGUCUGCUGCCAAAAGACUACCGGUCUUUAAAAACACAGUAUUUACAGAGCUAUGGGGUGGAUCACUUGCUCACAUUUGCCAACCUCAAGCAGUCUGGGCUGCUUGUGGAGCAACAGCAGGGUGAAACUCUGACAGUAAUGGAGAGCAAAGUGGGUAAACUGGUCAAUGAUAAGACGGCAGGGAAGCUGACCGAUGCAUUUUCGUCUUUGGCAAGGAAAAGCAAUUUCAGGGCCCUAAGCAGAAAACUCAAUCUGGUGCCCAAGUCAGAUGACGAAUAUGACCUGCGUGUCCCAAAGGACAUGGCUUAUGUUUUCAGUGGUGCUUAUGUUCCACUGAGUUGCAAACUCAUUGAGCAGGUGUUAGAGCGAGAUGGUUGGACUGGGCUUGAAGAAGUUACCAAAUUACUAAAUGGAAAUGAGUUUGCUGUCACAGGCAAAAAUGGAGCAAAAAAUGAGGCUCAACGUAUUGUCAUCGUCAUGUUCCUUGGAGGAUGCACCUACUCUGAGAUUUCAGCUUUACGUUUUCUUGGUAGAGAAAGAGGAUAUAAAUUUAUUGUGGUAACCACUGCUAUAACAAGCAGUGCAAGACUGUUGGAAGCUUUGCUGGGUAACCAUGUAUGA